AUGGCAACCCAAGUCCCCACGGACGCUCUGAAAGAGCUCAAAGUGAGUGAAGCCGCAAGGGCAAAUGGCAAGGGCGCAAAGCCUGCGCCUACAGUCGACGAUGAUGGCCACGCAGAGGAUUCUGACGACGACGCCGAUGAGAAUGCUGCCGGCAACGGCGUCGACGGGGCUGCCAAGAAGAAGAAGAAGAGAAAGCCCAAGAAGAAGAAGAAGAGCCCUACCGCCCAGACCGAGCCGCCGAGCGUCGUGGUGAGCCAGCUAUUUCCCAACAAGAGCUACCCCAAGGGCGAGGAAGUCGAAUACAAAGACGAGAACCGCUACCGGACUACCAGCGAGGAAAAACGUCAUCUGGAAAACUUGAACACCGAGUUCCUGAGCGAUUACCGCGAGGCCGCUGAGAUUCACAGACAGGUUCGCCAGUAUGCCCAGAAGUCCAUCAAGCCCGGCCAGACCCUGACCGAAAUCGCCGAAACCAUCGAGAACAGCGUCCGGUCUCUUACAGGCCACCCGGGAUUGAACGAGGGCGACGCAAUGGUUGCUGGUAUGGGUUUCCCGUGCGGGCUCAGCUUGAACCACUGCGCCGCACACUACACGCCCAAUGCCGGCAACAAGAUGGUUCUGCAGCAGGAUGACGUUAUGAAGGUAGACUUUGGUGUGCACGUCAACGGCCGGAUUGUCGACUCUGCUUUCACGGUUGCCUUUGAGUCCAAAUACGACAAUCUGCUCAAGGCGGUCAAGGAAGCCACAAAUGCCGGCAUCCGCGAGGCCGGUAUCGAUGCCCGUGUUGGUGAAAUCGGGGGCGUCAUUCAGGAAACCAUGGAAAGCUUCGAGGUGGAGAUUGAUGGCACCACAUACCCCGUCAAGAGUAUUCGCAACCUGACUGGCCACAACAUUUUGCCCUACAGCAUUCACGGUACCAAGGCCGUGCCCAUUGUCAAGAGCAACGACCAGACCAAGAUGGAAGAAGGGGAUGUCUUUGCCAUUGAGACUUUUGGAAGUACCGGCAACGGCUAUGUAAGAGACGACAUGGAAGUUUCCCACUACGCCAAGAACGCAGACAUCCAGCACGUGGACCUACGCCUGAGCUCAGCCAAAACGCUGCUCAACGUGAUUAACAAAAACUUCGGCACCCUGCCUUUCUGCCGUCGUUAUCUGGACCGUCUGGGCCAGGACAAGUACUUGCUUGGCUUGAACAGCUUGGUCAACAGCGGCAUUGUCGAGGCCUACCCGCCCUUGUGUGACAAAAAGGGCUCAUAUACUGCUCAAUUCGAGCACACUAUCCUGAUUCGGCCAACCGUGAAGGAAAUUAUUAGCCGCGGAGACGACUACUAA